UCCAAAAAUCCGAACGGGGAAGGAGGAAAAGUGGUAAUGUCUUCUUCGUGAAUCAAUCGUUUAAGCAUAAAUCAAAAGUGACUCGUUCCACAAUUUUCCACAUUUCCAGUUUAAGUUUUUCUACGCGAAAAAUGCACGGCGUGGUCGGAAACUGAUUUGGGUAUAUUUCGUGGCGAAUUCUUGUCCCGUGAUAGACGAACCAAGUUUCGAUUUCAAGGUGCGCGUGUUUGCGGAAGAAAUUUCUAAUUUUCCUUAAAAAGAGGAUUGGUAAUAACUUUGAAAACAUUAUAAGCAUAUUUGACUGAUCACUUUGAGCUGGAGUGUGGAAUCGACGAAGGAAGGCAGCCUGUGAUAACGUUCUAGGCUUGUACGGAAACCGAAAGACUGCCCCCACAACUCUGAUAUUAGUCUACCAUCGGGUUUUUUUUUGGUAAUCCCUUAAUUGAAAUUGUUCGACCGGAUUCCGCGAUUAGCGAACGGCCUUCAAAAUUGAUCACCGCGCAUCACAACAAAUGCCCAGAGGCAAACGCCGGUCCACAACGGCGGCACCGGACAUGGGACCAAGCGAAGAUGAUCGACAUUCGUCCAAGCGUCAGAGGAACACGGCCUAUCAAAGCCAAAGCCAAAGCUCACGACGAUACAGCAAAGUUGAUGAUGCUUUCAGUCAAAAAAGAUGUCUUACCUGGUUCCGAGAGUACACAACACCGAACGAUCCGGACACACUUGGUCCCGAGGGAAUGGAAAAGUUCUGCGAGGACAUCGGAGUUGAGCCGGAGAAUGUGGCGAUGCUGGUUCUAGCAUAUAAAAUGGGCGCUCGUCAGAUGGGCUUCUUCACACAGAGCGAGUGGCUCAAAGGGCUCACGGAUUUGCAGUGCGACACCGCCGGCAAGGUCCAGGGCAAGCUCGAACACAUGCGCAACCUGCUUAACGACACCAACACGUUCAAGCUGAUCUACAGAUAUGCCUAUGACUUUGCUCGGGAUAAAGACCAGCGUAGCAUGGACAUUGAUACAGCAAAAAUUAUGCUUCAACUUCUCCUCGGCAAGCACUGGCCUCUGUAUACACAGUUCGCCCAAUUCCUGGAGCAGUCCAAGUACAAAGUGAUCAAUAAAGAUCAAUGGUGUAACAUUCUCGAGUUCUCCCGUACUAUAUCGAAUGAUCUUAACAACUACGACGUGGACGGUGCCUGGCCCGUGAUGCUAGACGAAUUCGUCGAAUGGUUGAGACUUUUCCGGAUGCAGGCCACGAUUAGCUGAGGCUUCUAUUAUUAAGUUAUAAAACCGGUAGCAGAUCAGGAGAUUGAUGAAAAACAAAAACAUACAAAUGCCAGCAUCAUAGCACAGAGCAGACACAUCCAAUCAAAUUUACACCCGAAACACCAUUUUCUUCUCGAACAACACCUGAACGAAACUGGAAUCUUGAAUCAGUACCCUUUCACUUACUGUCGACAUACACAGACGUUCUGAAGCACAAAAAGCCUAUAGUUUUCUACCACGCGAAUCCAUAGUGUUUCCUAAUCGUAAAAGAUGAAUCAGAUAGACGUAGCAAUAAUUUAAAAUUUUGUAGUUUGUAUGAGAAAAUCGGAGGUUUUUCGGCGGUCAUUCUUUUCAGACAGCUUUAGGCAAAAAUAUGUAUGCGAUCAAACAGGUCUCAACAAGAGAUGAUUACUCACAUAUUUAAGGCUUUUUUCUUUUAAAUUCUUUUCACAUAAACAAGUUGUAUACACUUUUAAGAGAAACACCUUCUUCUGAAGUUUACACGUGCUAACCACCGAUCGUCACAGGGGCGAAACUUUUUUAGGACUUAGCCAAAGAAAAACCGUUUUCUAACUCCCUCAAGUCGUGUUUUGUCUCGUUCUACUGAUUUCGCUUAUUUAAACCGCACAAUCUAUUGAUUGUUUUUUAACUUAUAAACCUCUCUUUUAAAAACAACAGAGGUUUCACGAAGUCGCAAUUUAGGUUGAGACUUUGGUGUCUGCUACUAGGAGUAAAUUGGAGGGAAUAAGAAUAUUUUAAUGGUUAAAACUGAAAUUUCCUUAAACUAAGUUAAUGUGGAAGAAGUCAUCCGAGUUAGUGUGAACCUUCUAAAAGAUUUAGUUAAAUGUCGAUCUAUCGUUCUCCUCCAAAUCUCAAUACCACUAGAAAUCGAAUCAACUCCUCUUAUAAUUGACAACAACAGACUUUCAACGAAACUUUAUCGUUUUGUAGUUUGAGCUGGUUUCUUUGUCGAAAGAUUUCUUCAGUAGAAUAUUUAUCAGUAACUUUUUUUUUAAAUUAAGUUUACCUGCUUGUACGUCUAUUUUCAAGUUGUUCGCAGGAAAUUCAUACUUGAUGAGAGUAUUUUCAACGUUUGUCGAUUAUUUUUAUAAACUUUAAUACAAAGGCAGCAUCAAGGAAUUUUUAUUCUUUUCCUUUUUCAAUCCAGUACCUUUCAAAUAUUAAAAAAAAGCUAUUUAUUUUAUUCUUAGGACAAACACCUCAUUAAUCUCUGUUAUCAUUUUCAUUGAUAUCUUUAACCGAAGGCAAUACAUGUUUUUCCAGAUAAACUUUUUUUCAUUGACGAUGCAAGACGUUUUGAGCAGUUUCUUAAAGUUUUUGUCUACGUCUGUCUUUGUUUACUCUUAAACCGUUAAAGAAAAUAAUCAAAUGAAGUCCCCUUUUCUUUUAAUUAUUUAUCGUUUGGUUGACAAAAAAACAUUAGACAUUCAUCUGCACACAUGAUGGCAAACGAAGCGCAGAAACCACUUGGACGUUAGUCUCACAAGUUGUGGGACGCAUUACAACUCAAAGAUAACACUACAACAAAGGCACACACCUUGAAAAUCCAGGAAGACUUUAGUAUAGAUAACUAUAUUUCGGUACUACACAGCUAAGACAAAACAAUAUCUACUUAUAUUUAAUGGAAAUCGAACAUCAACACGCUUGACAUCAUUAAUCAUUUAGGGUUCCUCCUGUCUUGGUCAACGGUCAAACCGGUUCGAGCAAAAAAUACAUGUUACUCUAAAAAUUAAUAAGGAAACAAAACUUAUCACCUUAAUUCCAUUACGAACACUAAUCACAACAACUAAGCUACGUCUCAUGGACAGACGACAUCAUACAGUAAGAUCCAAACAACCGAACAUUUUAUGAACUUCAAAAAUUGUAUAGUGAGAAUCUUGAGAAAAAAGAGAGGUCGCAUCAUAGCCAACAAAAUGUUCAAUGAAUUUUGAUAUUGUCGAUCUGUAUCGAUCGAACAAAGAAAAGCCUAACGCGUUGAAGCGAUUUGUUACUAGCGAAGAAAGUAAAUGGUAAACAUUGUAAAGUUAUGCGUGAGAUAACGAAAAAAAGUGCAUCAAUGACAGAAGAAAGUGAGAGAGAACAAAAGAUUGGGUAAAAUAAAAACAAGGAAAG